AAAAAAAAAAGGCCCAAUAUUCUGACUUGUGCAGUGAAAAAUCCAAGAAUGGCAACAAGUGCAAUUUUGGUAGAAUGCGGAUCCAAUUGUGGAAGAAGAUCCAGUUUAAAAACUGAAAGCCACUGACUCAUUUUUAUCCCUCUCUAGUCUCUAGUCUUAUUAUACAUUACAAACAUCAGGCGCAUCUCUGUCUCUCUCUGAGUCUGGCAUGGCGGAUCUGAAGUCAAAGUUUCUCCAGGUCUACUCUGUUCUUAAAUCGGAGCUCUUGGAAGACCCUGCUUUUGAAUUCACCAACGACUCUCGUCAAUGGGUCGAGCGGAUGAUGGACUAUAAUGUUCCUGGAGGGAAGCUGAACCGGGGAUUGUCUGUUAUUGAUAGCUAUCAGCUGUUGCAAGAAGGAAGGGAAUUAACUGAAGAUGAAAUCUUCCUGGCCAGUGCUCUUGGUUGGUGCAUUGAAUGGCUUCAAGCAUUUUUUCUGGUUCUUGAUGACAUCAUGGAUGGCUCUCACACACGGCGUGGUCAACCUUGCUGGUUUAGAUUGCCCAAGGUUGGUAUGAUUGCAGUAAAUGAUGGAGUUGUACUCAGAAACCAUAUUCCAAGGAUCCUCCGAAAACACUUCAGGGAAAAGCCAUACUAUGUGGAUCUUCUUGAUUUGUUCAAUGAGGUGGAAUUCCAAACUGCUUCAGGUCAGAUGAUAGAUUUGAUCACUACUAUUCAAGGAGAAAAAGAUCUAUCCAAAUACUCUUUGUCAAUUCACCGGCGUAUUGUUCAGUACAAGACUGCCUAUUACUCGUUUUAUCUUUCAGUUGCAUGUGCAUUGCUUAUGUCAGGUGAGGAACUGGAAAACCAUAUUGAUGUAAAAAACCUUCUUAUUGAGAUGGGGAUCUACUUUCAAGUACAGGAUGAUUAUUUGGAUUGCUAUGGCAAUCCUGAAACAAUUGGUAAGAUAGGAACAGACAUUGAAGAUUUCAAGUGCUCUUGGUUGGUUGUGAAAGCUUUGGAACUUAGCAAUGAGGAACAAAAGAAAAUACUAUAUGAGAACUAUGGGAAAGCAGACCCAGAAAAUGUGGCAAAAGUAAAAGCCCUCUACAAAGAACUUGAUAUUGAGGGUGCAUUUGCGGAUUAUGAGAGCAAAAGCUAUGAGAAGCUGACGAGUGGUAUUGAAGGUCACCCUAGCAAAGCGGUGCAAGCAGUGUUGAAGUCCUUCUUGGGCAAGAUAUACAAGAGGAAGAAAUAGGAGUUUGUGGCUUUGGGAAGGACAGAUCUAGGUUGGAAGAUGUGAAUUUUCCAGGAUGUCGUUGCUGAUUUCUGCUUCAAUUUUUCUGGAAAAAAAAAAAAGUGAGUGAGAAAGAAAUUCCAGUCGUGUUGUAUUUGUGUUUGUAUCCUAGUUUAUUGCGUAAGGUUUUGCUUGCUUAGUUCAGUGUUGAAUAAACAUCAUUAAUCAAUCAAAGUUCAUAACAUUCUAAUUCA